AGGUGGAGGGAGGGGAAGCGGCCAUCAUGGCGUCCAACCCGCGCAAGUUCAGCGAGAAGAUUGCGCUGCACAACCAGAAGCAGGCCGAGGAGACGGCCGCCUUCGAGGAGGUCAUGAAGGACCUGAGCAUCACGCGAGCCCUACACUUCAAGGCCCAACAGCUGCAGCUGGCACAAAGCCGCACUCAGUACUAUGGAGGAUCACUGCCCAAUGUCAACCAGAUGGUGAAUGCCCCGCUGGAUUUUCAGCCUGGAGCAUACAGCCUAAGUAAGACGUCCUUCUACACAAACCUGGACACGACGCGGGGAACGCGGCACCACGGCCUGGUUGAACGCGUGUCCAGCCGGAGCCGCCUCAUAUCCCCGCACCGCCGUCAGCUACCCAUCGACAAGCACGGCCGACAGGUGGACAGCUCGCCGUAUGGCUCCAUCUACCUGUCACCUCCUCCCGACACCAGCUGGCGCAGGACGAACUCGGACUCGGCGCUGCACACAAGCGCCGUCACCACGACGCCGCCAGACGGAUUCUCGGUGCUUGGGCAGCAGGCAGCGACCGCACAGCCAGCACGGCGGAACGAGGAGGGGCUUUUGAUUGUGGACAAGGCGGCCGUCGACAAGCAGGCCUGGGAGACCAAGAACGCAUCACCAUCGACGACAUCGUCGUCGUCUCGACCAAAGUCGUGCGAAGUCCCCGACAUCAACAUCUUCCCGUCGGGUGACCAAGACGCGUCAAGCGUGCCACACGUCCCUGGUGCCCUCAACACGGGCGGCUCGCUCCCCGACCUCACCAACCUUCACUUCCCGUCGCCGCUGCCCACGCCGCUCGACCCUGACGAGUCUUCAUCUGCCUUCCCGGCGCUCACCGGCGGCGGCGGUGGCAACGGUGCCGCGAGUGGAAACGGCGGCGGCGGCGGCGGCGGCGGCGGCGGUGGAGGAAACAUGACCCACCUGGGAAUCGUGCCGCCAGCACAAGCCAUGGGGGCACGCCAGACUUCCCCCCGGAGAAACAGGCCUCCUCCCGUGGGGCCUCUGACCAUGGCCCUCACCCCGAGCUCAGAUGCCCACACGCAACAGCAACAGCAGCAACAGCAUCAGCAGCAGCAGCAGCAUCAGCAGCAGCAGCAGCAACAUCAGCAGCAUCAGCAGCAGCAUCAGCAGCAGCAACAGCAGCAACAGCAUCAGCAACAGCAGCAGUCAUCGCCGACCCUCUCCCCGACACUCUCGCCCAUCUCACGGUUGGUGUGCGAUGUCUACGACUGGCAGGCCGUAACGCUGGAUGCUGCCAGCCUGGGCUUCGAUCCAUCCCUUGUACAGUACCCCUUCUACCAAACUCAACAGCAGCAACAACAACCACAGCAGCAGCAGCAGCAGCAACAGCAGCAACAGCAACAACAGCAGCAACAGCAGCAACAACAGCAGCGCAACCCUCAGCAGCAUCAGCAGCAGCAGCACCACCACCACCAUCACCACCAGCAGCAACAGCAGCAACAGCAGCAGCAGCACCAGCAGCACCAGCAGCACCAGCAGCAAGCGGAGCAGGCACAGGCACUAAUGCAGACUUCCCAACAGGCAGCUAUGCACCAGCGCACCAUCGACACCAACGCCGUCAAUGUUGCCCUACAGCAAUACCGCAACAGCACGGGAACCCCGACCAAUCAGUCGCCCACAUCGCCCGUCUCCAACCAGGGCUUCUCCCCCAGCACUUCUCCACAGACCACAAUACUCGGCAGUGUGUUCAGCGACUCUUACCUUGACCAGCAGCUUACAUCGCGGCAAACCAGCGCGCUGUCUAUCCAGCUGGAGCAGUUCAACAUGAUGGAGAACCCCCUGGGCGGCCUUUCGCUCAGCUCCGGCAUGAUGUUCGACCCCGGCGCGCCGCUGCAGUACUCGCAGGCCGCCAUGCUGGGCUUCUCGGGCAGCCAGGGCAGCCUGUCGGGCAUGCAGCACCUGGGCAAGCACGGAGCCUUCUCCAAUCAUGCCGGCAACAUCCCCAACAUCAUCCUCACCGGUGAGAUGGACCUCCCAACUUGCCAAGGCGAGUCGCCCCCGAGCCUCUCCAAGGAGAUCAGCAACACGCUGGCUGCUUUCGAGGCGGACGCCACCUUCCCCCUCGACGACGACCUCAAGAUGGAGCCGCUGGGCCUGGAGGGUCUGCGCAUGUUGAGCGACCCGGACAUGGUCCUGGCCGACCCAGCCACCGAGGACACCUUCCGCAUGGACGGCUUGUAGGACGUCGUGGUGCAUGCGUGCGUGCGUGCGUGUGUGAUGCUUGCGCCAUGUCCGUCGUGUGCGUCACGCGGGGUGUGUGGUGCCGAGGCAGCGUCGCCGCUUCGCCCACACAUCGGCGGCCCUGGUGGGAUGCCCAAUGAAAUAUUGCAAACAGCUUGUGCGGGGUGUUGCAAGGACAUGCGAGCAUUAGUAUGUGCGUCUUUGGUUUGUGUGUGUGUGUGCUGAACGGGUGUUGAUCGCAUGGCGGUUGUUGCUACGGCUUGUGCUUGUGGUGCUCACGAAAGCUUUCCAAAGGAGGAGGCGAUCGUUUUUCCACCAAGCCCAUCCUGCAUGUCACUAGCACGCCAAGCAGGCGCGCCGAACUGUGAGCGGGCACGAUGGGUCGCACUUGGCACACGUGUGCGGGAAACGUUUGGUACAUUGCCAUGGCCUGUUCAAUAUGUUUUUUUAUUUUCUUGAUUUUCUCUGGACGAGGUUUUGUGUUCGCGUGAAGUGAACGUGCUCCACAUGCCCCACGUUCUGGUUUUCGCUCCGGUUUUCCUUCUGGCUGUUACCGUGCAUGUCAGCAUGGAACAGGCACCGAUGCACCUUCAAACCCUCCGGGCUCUUGCGCAGCGAAGCUAGUUUGGGAAAAAAUGCGCGAGUUGGGCAGGGCUUGUGCAAGUGAUGUCAUGGCGGGUUGGUUAGGGUUGGGAGGCUGAUGUGCAUUUGGGUGGAUAAUCGAGUUAGCAGUGCACCGUAAGUGCGUAUUCACUGCCACUGAGGUCUUUGUGCUCCAUCCCCCCAAAAAAUAAACAAAAAAUGUUGCGAUGAAGUUGACACGAUAAAAAAAGGCCACAUUUGGUGAAGUAUUAAGUGCAAUUCUGCUAUCUGUUCUUCAAAAUGGGUGGCAUUUUAUCAGACUGACAUGCAAUCUUUUAGAUCGGUGUAUAUUCGAUUUUUGUUUUGUUUACGUCUGUAUUCUGUUAGCUGAUCUCGAGGCAUUGAGGGAAUUAAUUUAUAUAUUGUUUUUUCUUUAAGUAACUCAAAAUCAUGUGCAUGGAAUGACUCAUUGAGUCACCCACUACGGUCUCUAAGAGCUAUUAAAUUAUCUUGAACCUUAAAACUUAAAUGAAACGUUAGUAUUUGUUUCCGUAUUUAAGAUAUGCUUAUUAUGUAACGAUCGCUGUUGGUGACUGCCGAUAAUGCUAAGAACCCUCAUCACUAAACAUGACGAGCUUUUGGCGAAAUCUGUUCACGUCUCGUGUGGCAUGGCACUGUUGUAAACAUCGUACAUUCUGAUAGACGUUAGCUGAUGGCGAUGCCUGUGUAUCUCCCUCACUCGAGCACUUGCUUUCUGACGUUACGUAACGGACUGUGACGUCUCGCGUUUCCAGCGCAGGUACAUCAGGGGCUGGCACGCAUGGCUGCAUGAUGCCGUCUUGCGUUCGGCAUUUGCGCGCAAUUUUAGCAUUGGGAUUAUUUUUGUUUUAUUCACCUCGGAUGGCAAGUACACUCGCACCCCAGGAGCUGACGGCUUUCACGUCUGUGCUGUUUGGCCCACGGCAAUGAUCACAAAGCAGCAGUGAACAUUCGUUCGCUUUUAUUGGUCGUAGGCAGUGUGGUGUCGUAGCGCGAUUGUCAUGGGCCCUAGUGCGUAUACUUAAAUGGGAAGGGGGGGGGGGGGGGUUGGGGGUAUGCACCGCUGUCACAGAAUCCGAUUUCCCCACCUCGUUGUAGCCUGGCGUCCAGGCUCCUGUGGCUCAUGAUCCUCGGUGCGACUCCACCGCCUGCACUUCACUCAAUGGCUUUGGCCACUGGACGUAGGACUUUGGCCCGGAGGGAUCAUACGUGCAUUUCUUUCGUCUGACGUCACUCUUUGACGGACAACCGGCGAGUCGCGUGCGUUUGGCCUUGAACGUAAAAAAAAAUAAUCCACACGAGCGUUAUCUUGGGUGGUUGUUGUCCAUGCCGUGGGGUAUUUUGGACUUUUGUUAGUCUCUUGGUUUAAAAAAAAAAAAGUGGUGUUUACGGUUGUUAAUGUAAAACGUGAAACGUUUGACCGCUAUACUCUUUGCGACGGGGGAUUACAAGUGCACUGUUAAACGGGGACCGGCAGCGAUAACUCACUGCAUUGCAUGCUAUCAGCUGGGUUUCCCCCCUUCUUUCAUUUUGUUUUCUAUUGUUUUGACAUUCUGUGUAGAAAAUUCAUUCUAUAUUAUACAUUUUUAAUACACUAAGGGUAUAGCAAAGUCUAUAGGUAUAUUUUAAUGUUUUGCCAGAUUUUUUGCGUGUUAUCGUAACAAGCUAUAGGGAACUAGACGUCCCCAAACAGCUCAAGCGGCACAUUGGUUACAGUGACACACACACAUCGAGAAAAUGCCAAACCACAGCCAUCAUAUUCCUCCAUUGUAUAGUCUUGUACUCGGCUCUGCGUGGAAUGGAGUGUGUUGACAGCUGUCUGCGGAAAUCAGGUUUACAGUGAUAAAACCGAAUUUCAUUCAUCACAAGUGUUCUAAUUCAAUCACAAAGGGCAAUUAUGUAAUAAUUUAUUUAGCAGAGCGCAAACUAAAUAGUUAUCAUAAUGGUAAUGUUAUUUAUUUAUACUGGAAAGCCUUGUGUAAUGUCACUUCUGUUGUCAAGAGGGUUCUAUGUUGGGAUGACUGGUCAGUUCCAUUUUAAUUAGGUGUUUUGCAUUUGGGAGGAAACCUGAGUGCCCAGAGAAAACGACGCAUCCAACUUGGCCGUUUCAAAGUCUACUCAUGAGCAUUGGGACGCUGCUGUGGUGUAAUGGUUUAGCCUGUUAGACUCGCUAUCCAGAGGUUGCCAGUUAAAUGUUCCUACGGUGUGGUUUUUGAAACAUUGGGAAAGAUUAUAAAAUCCCAUCGCCACUGUCCACCCAACAGUUAUUAACGGGUACACCACGGUUAUAAAAUGGCAAGUCAACCUGUGGCAGGGUGAAAUGUGGGUACAGCCCCAACUCUUCUAAGAUAUCUGGCCAGCAUGAAAAAGGGCCAGAAAUACCCUUGAGAGCUCUCAGGUGUAGCCUCGUCCACCAGCAGUGGCAUGAGUAAGAAAUUGCAAUUGCUGCACCUCGACCUUUGGAUAGGCAUUGCAGGUUCACACAGGAGCCUUCAGCGCUCCUGUGUGAACCUUGCCAACAGGGGUCCAUCCAGCAAAGGUCGCAGAAAAGGUAUGUCCGAUUUAUAUCAGCCAUCCACCGUUGGAUGGAGCCCUCUCCAAGCAGUCACCGUCUCUCAAGAUUAUGCAAUGAAAUAGUCCAGCUGACACUUGUGGACGAGCUGAGUUCAUUGUUCCAGCUCUGCGGUAAAUGCCCAUUUGGCCUUGUUCCCUCCUUGGGCUGCCACCCCAUCAUUACUCCCAAACACUGCCAUCAUCUCUUAUCUGUGACGUUUCCUGCCCCGAGCCCAACAACUGGUUACUCUCGUCACCUUGAGCCAACAGUGGUGCAUAUUGUAUUUCGAGCUUUGGGGAACUUCGAACUUAGGUUGUUUCCAUUGCUCAUGACCCACCACGGUACAUCUUAAUGUCGAUUAACAACUUUUCAUUCCACCCAUAAACAUGACGAACAUCAGUGGUGAUCUGAACGGGUUCUGGACCUCCCUAGGUCGACUCAACCUUGAUUGAGUACCUGGUGUGAUGUGCAACUAUUAGCACUGGGCAAAACGGCAGUCGGGCGUGUUGUUGGCCACACGACUUCCUUUAGACACCAGGCCGGUCUUAAUAGGUGCUCGCUAACUUCACGUGACAAAUCUACAAAGGAUGUAUUCACACCCUGAACAUCCUUGUAAAUGAGAUGUUCCAUCUCCAGUAAUUAUCCAGGUGAAGUGUUUUAAUAAAUCAAAUGUGCUAAGCCUUUGUCCCAAGUGACGUAUGGAGCCCUGAUUUUUUUAAAAAAACGCACUUUCAAAUGAAACGCCACCGAUUAAAAUUUAAAGAUGCACUUCCUAUGUCACGUGGGAUGUUUGCAUUAAUCAAAGCGCAUCAGAACAUCAACAGGCCAAUGCCCACAUCUUCUUCAUGAAUGGCAAAUUAAAGACACUUCUUUCGCACCGUACGUAGCCAAACGUGCUCAUCAGAGGCGCGAUGGUGACCAUGCAACCCAAACUAUGACCCAUGUAGAAGUCUGUGGUCUGCGCUCCUUCAUCGGAGGAGGUAUUCCAAAAAUCCUGAAGCCCUCUUGUGGCCAGCUGACCUCGACAUCGGCAUUUUUAUCCUCUGCACUUAUUGCCAUAAUGCACAAGAAUAGGAUAUGCAUAGUAAUACUUUACAUUUGUAAGGUGCAUUUCAUCCGUAUAAGUGUUAACUUGAUUUUGUACUUGGUAAACAUGGGAAGGCACACCACAAUGGGCGCUCGCACCAGGGCAGCGAGGACUGAUGUGUGACUACAAAGUUAGAUGUCAGUGUGCGUGUUUAACCCAGCAGGCUUUGCUAUCGUGCCAUUAUGUGGCUCGGUUAUUUUACGUACAAUUUAAUGUUGUUGGGUCACACUUUUAAGGAGUGCUCACCACCUGUAUGUAUAGCUAAAGUUAUAUUUAUGGGACCAUCACCUCGGUCCUAGAGUGUGGCAAAGCUUAAACCCCUUUCCAGGAAGGCACCAGGUGUCGCAACUUAAUUGUCACGUGACAUAGAUGGCCUGUUAAACAACUGUGGCCGUACCGGGGUAAUUAAUUACCAAAAUUAUGAAGUAGCUUUUUUACAUGGGCAUCGUGUGUCCACCAAUUCGGACUGUGGUUCAGGUAAAAGACGAGGAAUAAAUGCUCAUAAAAUACCGUGGUGACGAACGUACUCGGACCAAUUUACUUACUUUGUUUUUAUCCGCGCUGGGAUGGUGAUGGUGCAUACUGUUUUUGUGUCAAUCCAUUGACUUGUUCCAUAAGUAAGCCAUAUUUUGUAAAAUGAUAGACAAUUACCUUCAAAAUAACACCCCACAUGACACACAUUACACUCGUAUUAUAUUCUGAUGAUUUAGAAAUUUAAACACUGUGAGAUUGCCUAAUUUGUGGAACUACCCAGACAGCAAGGAACAGUUUUAAAAGCAUAAACCCGAUUUGACACACAGGCAAGUUAGUGUAUUUUGCAUUUUAGAACUCUUUUACCAUGAUUUGUGAGCCGGUGACUUCUACUUGUGUGACCGUGCGUAGCGACCGCUUGUCAGAGCCUAACUGUUAACGAUCGUCUCGCGUAGGUAACGUGUAUGUAUGCAAACAUGGGUAACACGUGAAAAGAUAGUUAAUACAUGCAAACUCCAUGCCAAACUGGGAAUACCGCGCAAGUUUAUGGGAGCUAAUGGCCAGCGAGUAAAUACGUGUCUUGUGUUGUUUGUUUUCCUUUAGAGACUGAUUUUGUUGUUGUUUGUUAUCGCAAACUCCAAAAUGUGAACGUGCAAUUGUUUAAAGUGUAGCAGUUUUAGCGGGAGAGAGGUUUUUAAUUUUUUGGUCAAAAUAAUAACAUCAUCUUGUGUUUUUCGAAGCUAGUGGUGCGAAAUGUUUCAGAAAAAUAUAAGUGGUGGGGGAGGGUGGUGGAGGGGAAUUAAAGACUAAAACGCAAAAAAAUCGGAUUCCGUCACACGCAGUGCAUGAUUCACCAAGCCCGCUUUGAAUGCGAGUGCUUUGGAAUGCAGCACUUUAUUACGUAUAAUGUUGACAAUGGGCCAUAACGCGUCUCAGAGCGAUGCCAUACCCUUUUAAACCGUUUGCAGGAUCCGCGUGCCAGCCAGGCGACUUGUUUAUUGUAUAUCAUGCACGGGUCUUGUAAAUAUACCGUGGGCACAGUGACAUAUGGGGCUUGUUCUCUUGAGACCGGGGGUCAGAGAGAAAAGUCUCUUAGAGUUGGUGAUAAAUUAGCUUCAGAACCCUGCGGGAAUUUAUUGUCGUACGUCGAAAGGUGAAAGUUUUUCAACAAAACUUGAUACAUGCGUGUGACAUGCAUGUAUGCAACAACCAUGCAAAGUUAGCUUAUGGGGUAUAGUGUACAGUUGGUAUUUUUUAAUUUAUUUAUCUGCCUGUUUGCAUGUUAUCUAUGUGUUAAAUGUUUUGUUUGUCUCGAAGUACUUUUUUAUACUUAAACAAAAAAAACACGUUAAAAAUAAAGUGUAAUUCUGCCUUAUUGUUGGGAUUUGAUGUUUUAAAGUUUGGGGGGAAAAAAAGUCUAAACAAAUAUUUACAAUAAAACCCAAAAGACAUUGCAUUCAGUAUUUAUAUAGUUGAGGUUAUGUUGCUGUAAAAGCGUUUGCAGCGAUAUUUACUCACGGUUGAAAACCCAUUCAUCAAACAAGUAUUGCCUCGCUGCAGUACUUUUCUCUAUUCCGUUGGAUUUGUUCAGUGAAUUGUUUUAAACACGAAAACUUACAUUUCAAAGUUUUAAACAGGAAAGUCGUUUACAGUGCACAAGACGAAGUGAGUAAGUCCCACUUCACAAAGCAGGUGGUCCUGUUUGAAUU